AUGGAACAUUUACUCGUGUUGACUACUGUUGAAAGAAUUGGUGAUUCUCUUCCAAGUACACCUUCAUCACAAAGAAGAAAGGGUUUCAAUUUGAAGGGUUAUAUUAAAACACUCAAUGAAUUGAUUGUUUUGCCAAAUAUUGACUUACACAAAGUGGUUCAACCUCUCGUUGAUCUCUACGAUAAUGUCUCUAAAACCACAAUCAAUGCUACAUUAAAACCUUCUGAGAAAAGAACAAAAUUAGAGUUGAUCAACAAAUCAAAACUCAUCAUUCUCAAUCUAUUAUCGGAUUAUAUAAAUUUUGCCAUCGAAAAUAAGGAACUUGUUUUGCCAAAUCAUCACUUGAACAAUUUGUUCUGUCAAUUUGAUAAUGAUGAUCUCUUGUUGGAAGAGAGACGUCAAGAACAAGAUGAAGAAGAAGAUGAAGAUUUAGUUGCACUUGUUAAGGAACAAUCAAAGAAUGCUCAUCAACCAUCACAAUCAGCUUCAACAAUUACAGAAAGUACAAAUGAAGGUAACGAAUCUCCAAGUAUUAAAAAUGGAUCUCUCAAUCAGAUCAGUGAUUUCGAAUAUGGGCAUGAAAGAGGUAGAUCACCAAGUGGCUUGGGAGCAUCUCUUGAUUAUUUAAAUGCUUACAAGCAAAGAAAACAAAAGAAAUCUUCAUCAAAAUCACAAAGAAACUUUAAUGUAAAGAGAAGUGCUGCCACUUUUACUCAACCAAAAGAAUUGGACGAAGCAACAGCUCUCAACAUUAUUCAAUUAGUUUCCACUAGAUUAUUAUUACAACAUGAUAUGUUCUAUGAUGCCACACAAGAAGAAAUCCAAAAAACAGCAGUUAAUAAUUAUCUUGAACAACAAAUUUCCUAUAGAUGUAUGGAGAUACUAUUCAAAAUAAGUGUUUGUAAACCAGAUACUGUUUUCAAGACUAUUGUUGGUGAUUCAUUACCUACAUCACUUAAUAAUAACUGUAUGGAUAUCAGUUUUAAUACUGAUCUUCAAUCUGACAAACUUCCUUUCUCUUCCUCUCUUUCACAUUUCAAACUGAUCGAAUAUGUAAAUUGGACAGUUGGUAAUUUAGAAAAACUCUUAAAGGCAGUCAAUGAAAACAUGAAAGGUUUUACCAAAUAUUUGGAAGUCUUAACACCUCCUUUAAGAUUAGCUAUAUGGAACUUUAUUACAAACUAUAAUAAUGAAUUUGUUGAUAUCAUUAAGAAUCCAAAUGCUUCAAUUGUUAAUACAGCUAGAGAAACAUUUGAUAAUAUUUAUAAACAAACAGGAAAGAAACAAAAAAACAAGACAUGGCCAGCACUUGCCACUUUAUGCGUUUUGACUGCAGAUGAUCUUCUAAAGUGUGUAAAGGCAGGUAAUGGUAAAAAGUUUGGUGGCAGUGAAAAUAUGACAACAUUUAUUCACAAAGAUCUCUUAAAAGCAAUGGAAGAUAAGGAUAAGUCUCUUAUUUUACCUCCAUUGAUUGACAUUUAUAGAGCUGUAUCAUAUGCACCAUCAGAUGUAGAAACAGCCUUUGCUGUUCUUUCUCUUUUGGUGGAAGAAAAAUUCCUUUCCAUUUUUGUACCAGAACCAACAACAGGAAAAGUUUCUAAAUGCUAUAGUCCAGAAGAGUUGAAUGAACUCGAAAUGUGGACAUUUUAUGUAACAACACUUUAUAGAAGAAGCCCAGAAAAAUGCAAAAAACAACUAAUGAUACCAAUAAUGGCAGAUGGUACUUUAGAGCAAAAACAAACAGUUGCCAAAGUACUUCUUUUCCUUCUUACUGAUAGAUCUUCUCAAUUUACCUACAAUAGAAAGUUAGAAGUAGACUUUAAAGUACUUGCUUCAUCUCUUCGUGAAUUUUUCAUUUCGACUACAGAUCAAUUCAAAGGUAAAGCAAGAGAAACUGGUGAUGAUAAUACUCCAACAUUAGCACCAAGUGCAUCCUUUAGAACACCAAAGAAAGGCUUUGCAGCUCUUUUAAGAGAGAAAGUAGGUGGUAAGGACAGUAGUAAUUCUCCUACUGGAUUGGGAUCAUUCGCAGGUCAACCAAACUUUAAAAUGUUUGAUACUGUUAACACAAUUCUUCACGUUUUUUGUGCUGAUCCAAGGUUUUUCCUUACAAAGUCAAACGAAUCCGAUCAAAAUAUCAAUAAUUUUGCCUAUUUGGCUGACUUCUUUGUGCUAAAUUCUGACCCAAUUGUACAAGAUCAAAUAACUAGACUUUUCCAAAAGCUUUUCUUAGAACAAUAUAUUAAGAACUGGGGAGAUGAUUUAUUUGUUGGAUUCAGUACUAUCUCAACAAGAGUUUUGUCAAGACUAUCACCUGCUCUUUUCCUUCUUAAUGAAUUGGAACAAUUGCAAGCAACAAAGACCUUACUUUUCCUUUUGAGAAACAUUACCUAUUGUGCUAAGAAAUUCUAUAUUGCUAACAGAGACACUUAUUUACUUUUGGAACACAUUAGAACUAACCCUGACAGAAUUAAUACUCUUGAAGUUUUAUGUAGUAACUUAUUGGUAUGCCUUUGCUCAACUGAUAAGGAGAUUUGGCAGUCUACUACAAGAUGUUUGAGAGAUGUUUGUGACCAAAUUGAAAUUUUGAAUAAUCACAACAUUAAGAAGUUGAAUUACAAUUUUUACAGACAAUUGGCAAGCAUUGACUUGAAUGGUAAAUUUUACAAUGAAAGAAAGUCACAAAUCCAACUUUUCAAGAGAGUUGAAACUCAAACACCAUCCAUUUUGAAAGCCUUUGGUGAGGUUUAUAACAGAUGGAAGGAACUUCUUGAUCAACUCAAGAGUGAAGAUUCUGCUUCAAAUAUUACCUUGAGAGAUUUGUUCCCUAAUUACACCUCUUUGCUAUGUGCUCUCGGUGGUGUAUGCAUUCAAGAUACAAAGGAUGAAGAUUCAAGCUUUGUUCUUGAUUUCUUAAAGCCAGAGGCAACAAGUGCCAAUAAUGUUGACAGUUAUAUGGAUGACUUGAUGAAACAAGUUAUUUCAGACGAUGUCAAUGUCAGACAAAUGGUAACCAUCUCUGUUUCUACUGAUUUAUCACCAAGUCUUUUCACUAAAUUGUUCACUGCCAUGAAGGCUUCAGUUCAAGAACAAUUCGGACAAACAUUUGUUAUUAGUCAAAAGAAUAACUUACUUGUUGAUCAAUAUCUUCACAUUCUCAAGACAAUUGUUGAAAAUCCAGAUACUAAUACUGAUCUUUCUCUUGCUCAAGAAAUUGAUUCCAUUACUGAUCUCUUUGCUAACUAUUGUACACACAGCGAAUUUGAUAACAAGGAUGUCCUUGAGUUGAAGAAGAAAUUAUGUCAAUUCCUUGAAGUUUUGAUGAGCAAAGUUGAAUACUUGACUUUCAAGAACAUUGAAGAACAAAAGUUGAGAAGAACAAUCAUUGGUCACGUUAUGGAAUGGACAACUGAUUCUGUCUUUAAAGAAAAGACAUCAACCGGAGCAAGUGUAUCAACUCCUCGUGUUGCUUCUGAGGCUCCUCUUCUAGAAAACAAUUCCCAAGUUUCAACUGAAGUCAAGAAACUCUACACCGAUCUUGAUUUGUUGUGCAUGAAGGCAUGUACUUCCCUUAUCAAUGGUAUGGUUAUUGCAAACGAUGAAAAAGGAAGAGAAGAAUAUUCAAAAUACUUUGCUUUCUUAUUGAGAUUCCUUGAAAAGGCUAAAGACAGUACUUUUACAGCUACAAUUUACAAGGCCUUCUCUAGAUUAUUGCAAACAAACGUCAGUUUUGGUCUUGAGUAUUACAUGUCAAAGGUCUACGAUAAUAAUAACACUAUUAGAUCAACAUUCUUGGGAUUGCUAUCUGAAUUGAUCAAGAAGGGACUUUUGGUUGAAGAAGAAGAAAAAAAUAAGCAAGACAGAGUUUCUAUUUCUGAAUACCAAGAAAUUAUCAACAAACUUGUCUUUACCAAUAGAAAGAGAGCUCUUUUUGCACUUUUUGAUAAGUGCAAGAAUCCAGAAAAAGAUGAUUUGUGUGAAGCUGUUAUUAGAGUUUAUCAAUCAAAGGGUGAAAUUGAUAAGAAUUUAUUAGAUUUGUUCCGUCAAAGUGUUACCAGAGAAGUUGCAACCACACCAAAAUCACAACCUGAAACUCUUUUCAGAGCUAACUCAACCUCUACUAAACUCUUAAAGAAGUACUGUUUGAGAGUCAGUAACCCAUACUUGACAACUGUUAUUGGUGGGUUCAUCGAUACUAUGUGUACUAAGCCAACCAAAUUUGAAAUCGAUCCACUGAAGGCUCAACAAAGAGGAGAAAGCGUUGAAGAAAACGUUGAAAAUAUUCUUGAAGUAUUACAAGAAUUUAUUGACUGCCUCUGUGAUUCAGUCCAACAAACACCUUACACCUUCAGAAUGUAUUGCAGAUAUUUGUACGAAGAAGUUGGUAAGAAAUUCACUAAACCAGAUGAUGACAAUGAUGAACAAUUUGACUUUAAAUAUAUUGCAGUUGGUGGUUUCUUAAUUUUGAGAUUGAUUUGUCCAGCCAUCACUUCUCCACAUUUGUAUGGUUUGUCAGGAAGUGAUAUUCCUGCUGACUCUAGACGUUAUGCAAUCAUUCUUACAAAGUUGGUUCAAAACUUGGCAAACGGUAUUGUUGACUCCAAGAAGGAAGAAUUCAUGAAGAAUUUUGUUGAUAUUAUUAGACUUAAUCUUAACAAGAUUCAAACCUAUUUUGAAAAGAUUGCUGCUCCAAUAGUUGAAAAUGAAGAAGUUUUGAGAAUUGAAGAAACAGUCACUGAAGAUGAAUUGAAGGAAGCAUAUGAAGUUCUCUAUAGAUUCUUCUAUAACUAUGCUGAUACAUUGAGAGAAGAAUUAAGUUCACUCUAUGAUGAUAUUGAAGAUGAGGAAAAGGAAGUAUUGGAAGAAGUUGAUAUCAAUGAAAAGCCAUCCUCUAAACAAAACGGUAAAUCUCUCAAUGAUCUCUUAGAAAAGGCUAUUGAACAAUUUGGUAAACCAGCUGAAGAAGAAAAAACAGGAAGAAGACUUUCUGUAAAGCUUAGCAAGGAUGAUGAGUUCUCCAAUCCAUUACUUAAGGAAUUGCUCAGAAAGAAUGAAAAGAAAGAUACCUCAAAGAUUGCUGAAAUGAAAUUCUUCUCUAUCAGUGAACACAAGAAUGCUAAGAAUCAACGUAUAGUUUAUUUCAUUCCUUACAAUUUGGAUUUGACUAGAUUCUCUCUUGAUUUAUACUUGUACUAUGUUCUCAAGAGUAUGGAAACCAUUUGGAAGGAACCUUAUAUCAUUGUUGUAGAUUCUACCUUCUUGACAAAGAAAUUUGAUAUUCGUUUGUCUGUAUUUAUUCAACUUUCCAAACACAUUCCACAAGGUGCAAAGAAGAAUCUUCAAGAAAUUUACUUGGUUAACCCAAAUACAUUCUUCAACAAGACCACUAAGAAGCUUGUCUCCAUGUUAAGUCAUAAUCGUUGGAAGGUCAUUACUACCAGCUCUUUGCCAGCUGUCACUGACCAAAAAUCAAAGACUCCAACCUCAAAGGAUCCAUUAGAACUUGUCAAACCUGAACAUUCUAUGCUUCCAUCUCUCACUCAACAAUUGUAUGAAAAGAGUGAAAUAAUAUAUAAUACUGAAGUUGUUCUUGCUUCUCAUACAACUGAUUGUGAAAUUAGACUCUUUGAUCAAUACAUGUUUAUUGUUAUCAAGGGAGAAAAGUUUAUUAAUAACAAGGUACCAGCAGAUUGUUUGGAACAUGUCAAUGUAACAAAGAUUGCCAAUAUUGCUGUAAAGAAGUCAUUGUUUGGUAAAUCAAGCAAGGCCACUAAAGAUUUUGUUGUCAAGUAUAUUGAUGAUGAAGAUGCUGAAGCAGCCUACAACUUUAGAGCUCAAACCAUUGAAGAAAGAGACCAAAUUAUGCAAGGUAUUAGAAACUAUGUUGAAAGAAAAUCAAGAGGAACAAAGACUGGAAAAUCUCUUGAACGUGAAUUUAAGAGACUUAAACUUCAAGAUGUACCAGGUCAACUCCUUGCUAUUUCAUUCUUCAAUCUCGAUUCUAAACACACUCCAAUUAGAGCUAGUGCUUAUUCGUUACUUGCUUCUAUCUUUGAACAAGUCAAGAUUUCUUCUCAUGGUUUGAUUUUAGAAAGUGAUGCUGCUUAUGUUCCAAGAAAUACUGAAAAUACUGUUUUGAGAAUUAGUGAAUACGUUGCCAGAAAUAAGCCUGAACUCACUUUAGAAUUCAUUUGUGAAGCUCUCAAUGCCUUCAAGACAAUCCAAGGAAAUAAGUCCAAGUUGAAGUUUGCAUCCUUCAUCCUCCCAUGGCUCGAUAACUUGUCAAGAUUUGAAAUUUCUACUAGUGUUGAUGAAGUUGAUGAAAAGACCGAAACAAUUAAGAAUUGGUUCGAAAACUUUACCAAACUCUGUAUUGCCAAUGAAGAAAUCUAUCCAAAAUUACAAAAUGUUUGGAAGCACGUCUGUAAACUCUCUUUGCCACUCAUUAGAAUUGCUAUUGAGAGUGUUAUCAAACAAGGUACAACAAGUGAAAUGCUCAUGAAUGGAGAACAAUCUAUUAUUGGCGAUAUUUUAGGAACUAUUUUGUUGCACUCACCUCUUCAAUGGAAUGUGGCUCAAUUUAUCAUUAACAAGAUUGUUGAACCACUCAUGACAGAGGAAUUGAAUAUUGACCUUUUGAACAAAGCAACAGUUAAAGAGUUGGUGAAAUCAAAAGAUAUUCUAGGCAAGAUUCCAGUUUACAUGUCUUAUCUCCUUAUGUUGUCUUUUAAUAGUCAAAUCAAUUUGUUAGAGAAUUUGCCAUACGUACUCUUUAUUAUUUCUCUCUUCUUGGGUGUUGGUUCAGAUACCUACUUGAGAUCAAUUGUUUAUGGUAUUUGUUGUAACUGUGUUCACUCCCUUGUUUUGGAAUUGCCAGCAUGUGAACAAUUUGAGCAUGUAAGAGCCAAAUUGCAAAAGCUUCAUUUGAGAGUUCUUGAAAAGGACAUCAAGUCAAGUUUCAUGGGUGGUGAACAUGAACCACAACCUUUUGCCUCAUACUCUGAUUUUGUCAAUAAGGUUUCACAAGGAAAGGUAACAUUCGAUGAAACUACCAUGUACAAGUAUGAAGAUAUCAUGAGAUACUUUAAGGAAAUCAUUGAAUGCUUUGACUUUAGUUACGAUAGCCUUAUUCAAGCUAGGGGUAAGACUUUGAAAUCUCAAUUUGGUUCUACCAUUAUAACCUCAUCCAAGGCAACUCAUAGUGUUAUUGAAGAAUCAUCUGAAAAUUCCAAGGAUAUGGAUGAAGAUGGUACAGAAAAUGAUAUGACAGAAGGAGAAGUUGAUGAUGAGCAUAACGGUUCUAAUCCAAGCACUAGCACCUCAGAUAUCGUUAAAUCUGGCAGUGAUACCAUCAAGAGUGUUUGGUUGAAGAUCUUUACCAACUUAUGUAAGGAUACCAUGAAGACAGCCAAUCUCUUAUUGUUCCCUAAAUCUUUAAUCUCAUUCAGUAUUAUUUCCACCUCAGAACAAUCAUAUGAUAUGAUUCCAUUUGUUCUUAACUUUAUUGGUAAGCGUGGUGUUGAAACUCUCUCCGAAAAUGAGCUAAUGUUGUCUGUUCUAUUGUCAAUUAACCAAUUCUGUAUUAAUAUGGUUGUUGAAAAGGAUAGAAUUGAAACUUUGAGAAAGAUUAUUAUCUUUGGAUUCUUCUUGUUGACCAUUGCCAACACAAAGAUUUAUUCUGCUGUAACCAAGUUGCUCAGUACAGUUUUUGCCAUUCUUUUUGAAGCUAGAGAUAUUCAUGACGGUUUCUUGUCUAUUGGUGAUUACUUUAAUCAAGUUUUCAGAUCUGACUACUCCAAGUACCUAUCCAUCACUAAAGAAUUUGAAGAAACUGUUGGACUUUCAUUUGGCCAACACUUCUCAUUCACCGUUUCUCUUCUUCUCAUGAAGGGACUUGCUAUUGAUGACUCCACCAUUAGAAAGGCAACUAUUUCUCUCCUCAAACAAAUCCUCUCUAUCAGUUACAAACUCAAGUUUGAACCACAAAACCAACUAGGCUUUAUUGCUGCUUUAAUUCCAUUCGAUAAGCAGUACAACUCUGUAUUAUAUAGUGAACAACUCUAUUCUGAAAGCAUGUUCACUAAGGAAACUGUUUUCCUCUUCCAAAAGUACCUCUUUAGCAUUACUGCAUCCAACAUUGAUCUUGAUAGCUGUGCUUCUGUUUAUAGAUCACUUGCAAGAGGUUUUGAAGCCAUUCCUGAUACUUUUGCAGAUGUUUUCCAAGAUCACCACAGUAUGUCUCAAGUCAUUAAGGUAUACACCUCCUCUCAAGAUGAUACUAUCAUUGAACAUAGUUUGAAUCUUUUCAAGAUUAUGAGUAAUAAUGCCAAAUCAAAGAAACUUCAAGUUAAGGAACCAUUUGCUGAUUAUGGAUUCAAAGGUUUCCGUGAUCAAACUACAUUCCAAACCACUAAGGAUGACUUGAAGAAGAAAUGUCAAAAGACUUUGAUUACAUUCUUAACUGAAAACUUUAAUGAACAAGAAUAUCCAUCCAUGGAUUCUGUAAUUAUUUCCAAGACUGGUAUGAAGAAAUCAUUCCUUAAAGCCGCCUCUUCAAGUCCAGUUGUAAGACAAGCAUCAGGAACAAACUUUAAGAAAUAA